CGUGAGCGCAGUGCGUGUCACGUGAUUCGCAGCCGCCGGGUUCCCCCCCGUAGUCGCCGGGAUCGAGCCGGGUCCGCGGCCGCCGCCAUGUCGUGCUUCCCCGAGCUCUACUUCAACGUGGACAGCGGCUACCUGGAGGGGCUGGUGCGGGGCUUCAAGGCCGGCGUGCUGAGCCAGGGCGACUACGUGAACCUGGUGCAGUGCGAGAGCCUGGAGGAUUUGAAGCUGCACCUCCAGAGCACGGAUUAUGGGAACUUCCUAGCCAACGAAGCCUCCCCCCUUACUGUGUCCGUCAUAGAUGACAAGCUGAAGGAGAAGAUGGUGGUGGAGUUUCGUCACAUGAGGAACCACGCGUAUGAGCCAUUGGCAAGUUUCCUGGACUUCAUCACCUACAGCUACAUGAUCGAUAACGUCAUCCUGCUAAUCACCGGGACGUUGCACCAGCGCUCCAUCGCUGAGCUGGUGCCCAAGUGCCAUCCGCUAGGAAGCUUUGAGCAAAUGGAAGCUGUGAAUAUUGCUCAGACCCCUGCGGAGCUCUACAACGCAAUCCUGGUGGACACGCCCCUGGCUGCCUUCUUCCAGGACUGCAUAUCCGAGCAGGACCUCGACGAAAUGAACAUCGAAAUCAUCCGAAACACGCUGUAUAAGGCGUACCUGGAAUCCUUCUACAAGUUCUGCAGCAUCCUGGGAGGCACGACUGCAGACGCCAUGUGUCCAAUCCUGGAGUUUGAAGCUGACAGGAGAGCCUUCAUCAUCACCAUUAACUCGUUUGGCACGGAGCUCUCCAAAGAGGACCGAGCCAAGCUGUUCCCUCACUGCGGGAAGCUCUACCCUGAGGGGCUGGCCCAGCUAGCCAGAGCAGAUGACUACGAGCAAGUCAAAACAGUAGCAGACUACUACCCGGAGUACAAACUGCUGUUCGAAGGAGCCGGCAGCAACCCUGGAGACAAAACCCUGGAGGACCGUUUUUUCGAGCAUGAGGUGAAGCUGAACAAGCUGGCUUUCCUCAACCAGUUCCACUUCGGGGUUUUCUACGCCUUCGUCAAGCUGAAGGAGCAGGAGUGUCGCAACAUCGUGUGGAUUGCCGAGUGCAUCGCGCAGCGGCACCGCGCCAAGAUCGACAACUACAUCCCCAUCUUCUAACUGCCCUCGGCCCUCCUGCUGCCGGGUGGAGCCCAGUGGAACUGUCCUUCCCCCCCACUACAUUCGAAUGAUCACUAGUCCUCGCUCCGGGGACGGCACCUCUCUGGAACUGGCUCGGAUGGAAACUGGACACUGUUGUUCCGGAGCUGCCGUUGUUUGUGUGAGUUCUGUGUGCUGUGAGGGGCCAGCGGGGCCUGGGACAGGCGCUAGGCCUGUGCAGCCAUGUAGCAGGAGGGCUCCAGUCCAUGUAUUAUAAUUGUACCUGUGUCACUGUACUGAUCAGCUGUGUGCGCUUCACUGAGCGAGCCAGUGCUGAUCUCUGAGGGAACUGGCAUCUCUCAGCCAUUAACCCCUUGCUCUCGAGUGACUCAUUA